AUGGCGCCAACCGAAAGAUCAUCAUUGAGUGUUACCAGAAAAACACCCGAGCUACUUUGUCCAGCAGAGUCCACACCACAUGAAUUCAAACAUCUCUCUGAUAUAGAUGAUCAAACUUUCCUCCGAAUGUAUGUCACAACAAUGAAUUUCUACAAAAAGAAUCCGUCCAUGGAAGGGAAAGAUCCAGUGAAGAUUAUUCGUGAGGCUAUUGCCAAAGCCUUGGUCUUUUACUACCCGUUGGCCGGGCGGUUGAGGGAACACACUGGUCGGAAGCUCGUGGUCGAAUGCACUGGCCAAGGGGUAGUGUUCGUCGAGGCCGAUGCGGAUGUGACGCUACAACAUUUCGGAGAGGAUGCCCUUUAUCCACCCUUCCCCAACUGUGAUGACAUUACUCUUGAUGUGCCAAACAACCAAGGAGUAUUGUUUGAUAUUCCACUUAUGUUCAUUCAGGUUACACGACUAAAAUGUGGGGGAUUUAUAUUUUCAAACUGUUUCAAUCACGCAAUGUGCGAUGGUACCGACCUUUCCCAAUUUAUGUCCGCCGUGGGUGAACUUGCCCGCGGAGCAUCGUCCCCUUCUAUUCGACCAGUUUGGGAACGGCAUCUUCUCACAGCCCCCCAGCUGCCGCGCUUGUCGUUCGCGCACCGUGAAUAUGACGUCACAACUGGCACAAGUGGUGGACCCCACAUCCCGCUAGAUAAUCAGAUAUUGGAACGCUCCUUCCUUUUCAGCUCCGCGGAAAUCUCCGCCCUGCGCCGCAGCCUACCGCCACACCUCCAGCGCUGCUCCAAAUUCGAAAUCGUGGCAGGCUGCAUGUGGCGCUGCCUGACAAUCGCUCGCUCCCUCAAACCCGACAAAGAGGUUAGAUUCAUAGGAGUUGUGGAUAACAGAAGGCAAAUAAAGCCGCCGCUUCCGGUGGGGUACUACGGCAACGCUAUAGCAUUGCCGGUGGCAGUGACAACCGCCGGUGAAUUGUCAAAGAAUCCGCUGGAAUACGCGGUGGAGUUGGUUACAAAGGCAAAGCGCGAAGCAGCGAGUGGUGAGUACCUGAGGUCGGUGGCGGGUCUGAUGGUGAUGCGAGGUCGCCCUAAUUUGACGGAGACGAACACUUAUCUCGUGUCGAAUUUGACGCACGUGGGUUACAAGCAGAUGGAUGUUGGGUGGGGCACGGCGGCGUACGGUGGGGCGUCUAAAGUCAAUUAUUUGUCCAACUUUAAUAUGCAAGUGACUUGGUACUUAGGGUUAAAGGAUGGUUUUGUGGUUCCGGUUAGCCUACCUCUCGAAUCCAUGAAUGUCUUCGAGAAACAUCUUCGGGUCAUGAUGGCUACUGCUCCAACGUCUUCAUCCUUGUGAUACAUCUCAAGCUCAAAAUGUCUUGGCCACGUUGCAAUUAUAUCUAAUCAUGAAAGAGAAUCGAACCGCAUGUAAUCAGAAAUAACUAUAUUAAUAUGCACUUGUAUUUUUUUAGUUCACAGCAUAGUAGAAUUAAACUCAUAAAUAUUGUAUCAUGUUUUUAGUGGAGUAUAAAUUGUUGUGUUCUGCAUUGUAAUU